AUGUGGCCCUGCUUUGGCAUACGUGCUCUUCUUGUAGUGACUGUUAUUACCCUGAGUCCUGUGACUGCUGUGGCUCAGAGUGGAAAUGAUGUCACUGGAGAAGAUGUCUAUCCCCCUCUGUGGGACCUGGCCCCUGAAAACCUGCUGGAUUUCCCCGUAAAGGACAACAAAAUUGUCAUCAGUGCUUGGAACUAUCAAGAUCGACUGGGAGUUUAUAAGAGCUUACUAAAUGCUUCAGCCAAAUAUUUUGUUGACUUUGGACCCCAAAACAGUGGCAAUAUUCUCUGGGGAUUACCUUUGCAGCAUGGGUGGCAAUUUCGUACAGGUAGGCUAGCAGAUCCUUCUGGUGUGACUUCUUGUGGCUAUGAAAAUGGAGAGCUCCUGUGCCUAUCUGCAAGAAGCUGGUGGUCCUGUAUGAAUUACUAUCUGGCUAUUAUACCAUUUCUGGGGGCAGUGGAGGCUGGCCUCUUUGGGCAGCUGCCAUAUGAGAUAGAAAUAUUACCACCAGAGGAGCAAAAAGAUGAUUUCUGUUACAGCGUUAAAGACUGCUGGACUCGCAUGCCCAAGCUCAUGGAUGACUGGAAGGCCUUUUUUGAAUAUUUGUUAUCUACAGAACACAAAGCUGUGAGCUCUGCCAGCUUCUCCUCCUUCAAACUGGAUGAUGCCCUUGGCCUCAUGUGGAAGGCACACACCACCUCCAUUGCUUACGCACUCCCCAAAUUCCAGGAGAGCUUAAAAUAUCUCUCUCAUCCAGAAGCAGAUUUUGGAGAAGACUGGGCUAAUGCUGUAGAUUUUAUUGCUGCCACACACUUCACUACAGACUUACCAACCACAAACAACUUCCAGGCUUUCCUGCCCCCGAGGAUGCUUAUUAAAGGGGAUGUCAUCCCAUUCAUUAGUGACUUCAGCCCAGAGCAAAAUAAGGUCCUGGUGACACUGGGAACUCUUCACAAAGCAAAUAAAUUAACAGGAGGAUUGCUGCUGAAGCUCUGGCAAAAGUAUAUGUCCACCGAAGCAGGAAGAAAAAUAGGCCGAAAACUGAUUGAAAGCUUGGUUUCGAGCCAGAAACUCGAACUACUCCACCUACUAUGA